CUCUGGCGUACGACCAGAUCACGUGACUAUUUUGAUCGCCAUCAUGGACAUUCAUUAACCUGAAUCCUUGAAUUUUCUGCUUACAAUGUGGCAGAUUGUAAGCUGUAAAAGUUUUUAUAAAGAUCUUAAUUCAAUUUGAAUGAUGUCCUCUGUCAGUGCUAAUCAUUUUCAAGCUGUUAAUUCCUUGACAGGAAUUGUCCAGCCGUCUGUGCUAUCUGAUAAUAAUUCAGAAUCUCAACAAUUUACAAGUGGUCAGAAUCUCAGUCCGUUACAGGCAGUAGUAAAUCAAGUACAGAAAUCUCAAAACCAUGACAGUUCCCUAGAGGUUAAGAUGUCCGACCCUGUUAUUACCCUAUAUACAUCCAAAAAUGUCCAGUCGCCUCAGAAACUGGUGGAACAACUUGCUAAAGAGAAAGGAUUCAUGAACAGUCCAAUCAUUAUAGUAGAAAAUAUUUCUAAAGUUACAUCUGCUUCUUCCAUGACAACACCUACUACAUCAACAUCACAGUCACCACCAAACUUAUAUGUAUCCAUGCCAACUCCAGAAUCGUCUGCCCAAACUUCACAAUCGUCUUUAUUGACAAGUCAGGAAGUACAUAAAUGUGAAGAAUGUGAUUACUCUAGCCAUAACAAACAUUACCUAAAACAACACGUAGAUCUGGUCCAUUGUGCUAGCCGACCAUAUAAAUGUCCCUUUUGUAAUUAUGCUGGGAAGCGUAGCCACUCUUUACGAGAACAUCUGAUGGUUCAUUCAAAUGAGAGGCCUUUCGUUUGUACUCAUUGUAAUGCCACAUUUCGUAAGAAAGGACAUUUAACCAAUCAUGUUAAACUUCAUCAGAAGAUGGUGGCCUGCCCUAUAUGCAAGGUUUCCAUUUAUCAGCCAGAUGUUGAACCACACAUGAAGUCUGUUCACAAUGUUGAUAAACUGUAUGUGUGUGAUGUGUGUAGUUACAUGGCUGUUAAUAAAACAGAGAUUGAAGAACAUCUAAAAUUACACAAGACUCAGUGCUCACAAAUGUAUGUGUGUGAAAUGUGUAAUCACAGGAGUAAGAGUUUUGAACAUUUUUGUGCACAUGCUGAAACACACCGCGAGAGUAUAGAGGCUCAGAAGAAAGCAGAAACUGUGGAAAACAUGAAAAAUGAACCAGUUCAAAAUAUACCCAUUGAAAGAAAAAUGAUGAAAUGUUCCGAGUGUGGGUUUGUAUCUGGUGAUAUUUUGAAGAUGAAAGAGCACAUGCUAGUCCACAUUGAACAGGAAGAGUCUAGUGAAAAAACACCUCCAACCUCAAAAGAAGUUGCAGAAAAUACAAAGCAGCCACCUCAGAACACAACACCUGAAGGCAAAGCAGAAUAUAAAUGUGUAGAAUGUGAAUUCUCUUGUAGUGAAGCCUAUGUAUUUGUAGUUCACAUGCUGACACAUAGACCAGAUUUACAGAUUCACACAGACAAGUCACUGGAAUAUCCUGAACAACCAAAACUUAAUCAAACACAGCCUCAAAUCAUGAAUGAGAUGGUUGUGCAGCAGAAGAAACUAGAUCAAAAGAUGCCCAUGUUGCCCAAGACUAUAAAACUACAGAAGAUUCUUAAACCAACACAAGAUGCUGAUAAAAUACCUAUUGUCAAUUACCAGGAUGAAAAGCAGGUUGAUGGAAAGUCAGAACCAUGUAAUCCAGCAGCAAAUGAUACAAAUCAGGGUACAGAAAGCUUGCCUUUUGUAUAUAACACAUCAAAUGCUAAAUUUAGAUGUACUAUUUGUGGUUAUACAUGUGACUAUCAGCGAACAAUCAAAGCUCAUAUCUGGAAACAUUCAGGUAAUAAAGAUAUUGAUUAUCCUAUGUUUCAGAAUGGGCCCUUGAGUAUUUAUGAAGAAGUAUUACUUCCACCAGGAGUAGAAGGAGAAAAAACGUUUGUAGCAACAGCAGUACCAUCAGCCGAGAGCCAAGGAGGAAAUCUUCCUAUGUAUAACACUAAAACAGUAGUUUUUGAGAAAGCUCAGGAAAUUAACAAGAUGUCUUCUGUUAGCCCAGUAGCUCCUUUUCUGGCAAAUAUGUUAGCAAUGAGAGCCAAACAAAAGGAUACAAAUGGAGAAAGUGACAAUUUACCUUCCUUCAACCAGCCAUCGUCAACAUCUGAUAGUAUCCAAGAGAUUUUGAUCCCUACACAAACUUCAACAGGAACAACUGUCAUUUCAGUAUUUUUGGACACUGUGAAUACUUAUGAAAAAGGGAUCACAUCUUUACCACAGAAUCCUGCUGAGAAGGUAGUAUUUAUGUUACCAGACCAAGGACUGAUGAGUUCAAAGGUCACCACAGGACAAUUGGCUCCUAGUUCUGUGCAAACUGUUACUGUUGCAGACUGCCAAGAAAGUGAGACUUACAUGAACCAGUCUGAAGCUAUUCAACAAAAUGUUGAAGUUGAAACAGUAAUUUUAAAACGACAACCAGAGAACCUUGAAACCCCGAAAAUAUAUUCAACAGAAGACAGAAAAAAUGUCGUGGUUGAAUCAGUGGAUAAUACAAAUCUUAUCAGCUACACUAGUAUAAAAAGUCAACAAAACAGUCCUCGUGCAGUGUCUGAAGUCAGCCAAUCAGAAUUAAGUGAUUCUGGUGUAGGAUCUGAUACAAAUACUGUUAUAGCAUCAACUGUGGAUAAGCUAAUAAUAGAAACUCUUCCUAGAUCUGAAGAAGACUUAAAAGAAAGCACAAUUUUUCAAGAUUUUGGGACAGAGGUUACAGUAUCGUCUGUUGAAUAUGACAAAAUAGAGGAAGUGAUUGACACUGACGAUGAAACGUCAAGUAACGAAAGUGACAUGGAGAUCGUACAGGAAGAAGAAAAUACAAGGAAACGUAAACGUAUACCAUCAACUUCAAUGACAGAAUCAGCUGUUACUCUACUUUCACUUUUGAAAAAAGGACCAAAUGAAAAUCCAGCUUGUCCUACAAGUUUAAAAUCAGAAUUCUCCCCGUCAGAUACUAACAUAGAAACAGAAACAGAGGACAAACCUAAACAAGGUAUUUCGUCAUCAUUACUUGCUGUUAUUGAGCAACUAAGGGAAAGAUCUAAAACAGAAGCUGAACUCGAAGAAGUUCCAGGGGUUAAAAAAACUAGCAAGAAACGUAUGAAACGAGAGUUAUUGGAGGAUUUAACAGAAAUUGAAAAUAUGGGAAAUGUAGAACGAAUGGAGGAAGAAGGUGAAGUCAGAUAUCGUUGUAAGUUGUGUCAUUAUUCAAAUCUUAGCACAUUUGUUAUCAAGCAGCAUAUGAGAUUACACAAAACUAAACAGCCAUUUGAAUGUUCACUUUGCGAUUUUAUUGCUACCUCAAGUGAGUCACUUCAGGAUCACAUGAUUCAGCAUUGUAAAGUUCGUACAUAUCAGUGCAAGUUAUGUACAUCAGCUUUUAAUUACAAAAGUCAGCUGAGAGCUCACAUGAGAGCUCAUACAGAAAAAGAGGUUUUUGUUUGUGACGAUUGUGACUAUGAGACAACAAACCCAGUGAGUUACCGUAAUCAUGUUCGGGGUCACAAUGAAAAGAAACAAUACAAAUGUGAGGUUUGUGAUCGGAAAUUUAUUUCGAAAUAUGAACUGAAAAAUCACAAGAAACAAUUGUGUAGCUAUCAGAAAUCUUUUCAGUGCGAUGAGUGUGAUUUUGUUGCAAUUGGACCUCAAGAACAAAAGCAGCAUGCGAAAAUUCAUAACAAAGAGUUCAAAUGUGCCAAAUGUGAAUAUAAUACUACCAGCAUUACUCGGUUUGAAAAUCAUGCUAAAAUUCAUGAUGAACCAAAAACAUUAAAAUGUGAGCUAUGUGACUUCCCAGCAGUAUCCAAUAGGAGUCUGAAAUCUCACAUGAAGCGACAUAUCAACGAUCAGCGGUUUGUACAACAGCCGUUGGAGCAGUAUAAAUGUAAUAUCUGUGGUUAUGUAUGCCACCAUCUGCCAUCGUUAAAAUCCCACAUGUGGCGACAUGCCAGUGAUCAGAAUUACAGCUAUGAGUUUACAAAUGAAGUUAUUAAUGCAGCUAUAGAUUAUGAUAGUAGACUUGAUACUUUUGAAUGUCAGAAGGAUGAUAUUAGAGCCUUUUUCCAAACCAUUCGGCAAAAGUUAAAAGAUCGUUUGGAAGGUAUGAAUGCUGCUAAUGUUGAUCCACAAUCUGCUGCUUGCUGGGUAACUUUUAGGUGUUGUCAAUGUGGAUUUGAGACCAUUAACAAAGCAGAACUGAAUGUACAUAUGAAAAGUCAUUCUGAUAUUAUUAAAUGGACACUGCAAGUGAAUGAUAAACAGAAGAAAGAAAAGUUGUAAUGUACAUAAAUGUAAAUUGAUGAAAAAAUCAAAAUUUCACGGAACUUUCAUAGCUUAAACUUUCAAUACUCCAAAUUCAAAAAAAUCAACCAAGUUUUUUUUAACCCAUUCAUUAUUUGAGUUCAGUAUGUUUUUUUUUUUUUUAAAUUGAAAUGAAUUCUUUGGGCUUUAUCUAUGAAAAAGAAUUUAGACAAGAUAAUUUUGAUAUUUCUUUUAAGAAAAGUGUUUUUCCUUCUUUAUCUAAAGGUGAUAAGGUCCUCUUAGCAAAUGCUUAGCAUGCUAGGUUUGAGUUACAAGAGUUUUUCGGGUAUUUUAAGAAUUGUGUAUUAUGGUUUUUACAAGUUUCUGCUAUUGUUUUAGAAUAUUCGGGUCUACAACAACCAAUGUAAAGUACUAUUAGUUUUUGUUUAUAUACUUAGUUAAGAUGUUUUCAAACUGCCAGUAAAAAAGACUUUUUAUUUUCCAUAUGUUUUUUUUAAACUUUUGAUGAUUGCAAUUGAAUGAAUUAGGCAAUGAAUAUUUUUGCAGAAACUUGAGAGAAUUAAGAUUAAAUCAGCAUUGGUGUUUUAUGUUACUAGCUGCUAAGUUUUGAAAAAGAUAAUGUAUUAUAUCUUUUUGUACAUGUACAACAUGUACAAUGUAUGACUAUUUUUUAUCUGUAAAAUAUUGUGCAAUUUUCACAUAAGGCAGAUUGUGGACUAAAGUUAAGAAUGAAUUAAUUCCAAGUUUAACAUCAAUAUGAAUAUAUAUAAUAUAAAGCAAGCAUUGCCAAACAAUGUUACAGUUCAUUUUUAUGUUUGAGAGCUCUGACUUAUUUGAAUAAUUGUUUAAAGCCUUAACUCAUUAUUAACAUUUGUAAAUGAUCAUUCAGAUCAGUAAAAUUUAUGGUGAGUUAAUACAGGAAUUACUAAAACUGAGAAUGUUUUUGCUUGCCAGUGUAAUAAAGAUGUGUAAUACACAUUUCUAUUUGUAUAUUUUGAGCCAGAAAGCUUUAAAUUUGUUAUAUAUUUUUGUGACCACCAUUUAUAUUUUUGUUCUUUUAAUAUGUUAUAUUGACAUUUAUGUUAAGACUACAAGUUUAGUAGCAGAGCUAGAUGAAAUCAUUUGCACUUCAUAUAUAUUUUUUAAUAUAAAGGUUAUUAAAAAUAUUAUAGUUAGAUCUGAUGGUAAAACAAAAAUGUUAUUUGAAGAAAUUAUACAAAUUAUCUCCCCUUUAUCAAAAAGUUUUUAGAUAUUUUGGAAUUUAACAAAUUUUUCAUAUUAUGAGGUAUAACAUGUAUAAAGAUAUUAUGAAUUUAUGUUUCUUUUGUCUGUUUAUCUGUUUUGAAAUUUCCAAAAGUUGUAAAGCUGUCUCAUUGGCAGUCUUAAAGCAUUUUAUUUCUAUACAUGAGGGAGUAAAGACCAAUAUGAAAAUUAACUUGCAGAUAAUCCAGUAUUAUUAUUAUUAUCAGAAUAACCCUCAGUUUCUGAGGAUUGGUGUUUUGGUUAUCAUGAAAACCAGGGGCUGAUCCAGAAAUUUUCACAAGGAGCCCACUGACUGCCAGAGAGGGGCCCGCUCCAGUCAUGCUUCAGUGAUUCCCUAUUUAAGCAACCAAAUUUCUCCUCAAAAGGGGUUGCCAGGACCACUAACCCCUCCCGUAAAUCUGCCUCUGAAGACGUAGGUUAUAGGUCCAAAGAAAUCUCAGUUUUCUAGACAGAAUUACCAAUUAUUUUAAGUCUAUGAAGUUUGUUGAAUUUUAAUUGGAUAUCUUUCUAAAUUUGGUCCGUUACUGUUUAUAAUUUAUGGUUGUGAUUAAACUUUAUACAUAUUAGUAAGUUGAUCUCAAUUUAAAUUUUUUCCUUGUCUUUAUAUUCUGAGAACUAAGAUAUGGCUUAGAAAAAUGUAUUUUAAAGAAGUUACAUAGAGAAAGCUGUCAACAGUACACAAUCAAACUUUUUGCAUACAUAUAUUAUUUAUUUCAUUUAUUUGUUUGAUAAGAAACAAGCAUAAAGUAUGUAAGCAGAGAUUUUUGUAAAUAUUUAUUUUAUGAUGUAUACAAUAUCAUAUAGAAAAGGAAUGUUCUUUUUUUAAUGUAACAUUUGCAAUAGCUUUUCAAAUACAUUGUUAGGUUUAAUGACAAUUUACACUUUAAAUGGCAGUAUCAUUCAACAUUUUUAAGAAAAUAUGUAUUUUGAUGACAUGUCAUAAUAUUUGAAAAAUAUUGUCCUAGUUUUCUCCCUUGAGGAGUAGAUGUCUUAAAAAGGGCACUUUGAAUUGGAUUUGAAUCAGUAUAAUUUCUUUUAUUUACUUAUAAGAAAAAAACAUGAAGCUAUAAAUGAAAAUGUAUGAAAUUGCACUUAUUUGGAAACUUAUUGCACAUGACUUAUACAGUUUAUAAAUUGUAGCUUCUAUUACCAAAUAGCAGUGGCGGAUCCAGAACUUUUCAUAAGGGGGAGGGGGCCUGCUGACUGACCUAAUGGAACUCCAGACAUGCUUCAGUGAUUCCUUAUAUCCCCACCUGGAUCCGCUUAUGAAUAGGUCUGAAUUUAGAAGAUCUGGUUUGUUUUAGUUUUUGUUUAUAUAUAUAUCUGUAACCAUUUUGUAUUUAGUGCUAUUUUUUAUAUUUGCUUGUAUUUUUGUUUGUCUUAUUUGUCUUGUUAUGAAAUCUCAUACUUAGAACUAUUCUGAAGAACCUUUUCAUACUGAAGAAUUAUUCGAUCUGGCUCAUUUCAAAGUUAUAAACUUUUUUGUUAACAAUUUCUUGUACUCCCACAAGUGUAUAUUUGAAUUUGAUCUGAAAAAUAGAAGAACUACAUUUAUAUAGGAGACUUUUUAUGAUGUUUAUUAUUAGGCAAAAUAAAUUUGUCAUUGCCUUCUGAUAGGGCAAGUAGGUAGAUAGAAUCAUUUUAUUUGUUGAAAAAUGAUUUACAGGCUGUACAGACUAUAAAUUAUCUGGGGCUCUUUACGACUAAAAUUUAUAGUUUUACUGAAAUGAUCAAUACUUACAAGUAUUUUUACUCGUAAUGUUUUUUGUUGUUAAUGAAUUAAAGUUAAGGGAUGGUAGAGGACACAGAAUUGUUGUUGAAAUUUUAAGUUGUCUUUUGUAUGAAAAGGCAAUAAAUUUCUUUUUUGUAUUUAAAUAUUUUUCAUUAACAGAACCAAACUUUAUUUAAUAUCAAUCAAUAAAUGUAUAUCCUCCAUCAAAUCACUGCAAAGGAAUUUAAACAUUUAAAAUAACUGAUCGUUUAAUCAACUAUUGAAAGUGACCUUGCCCCACACGCCAAUGGGCGUAAUGGGCAGUAAGUAAGUAAGCAAGUGACCUGCCCUGAUUUGAACAAAAAUCAGUAACUAUCAUAUACUUUUGUAAUUUAGGGUUUAAAAAAUCUUUAAGACUUAUAAGUAACAAAAGAAUAUAUUUGUGACAACUCUAUAAAUCUGUUAUCCAUUCUUUUUAGUUUGACAUUAUAUUGAUUAUAACGAUUAUAAACAUCUAAAAAAGGCAGCAGGCUAACGUUUUUAUUAAUUUUUCCUCGGAUUCUACCAACAUUAUCUGAUUAAUCUAUUUGUAAUAUCUUCAAUUUUACAUUUAAUGAAUUAAUUUAUAUUAGGACCUUAUCUUCAAUGAUUUUAACUAUAGUAUCAUUUCCAGAUGUUAUAUAUCUUUUAAUUUAGUUUUGUAUAUUACAUAUACAUGUAUAUUUUUUGGCUUAUGAGCGUCAUGCACAGUUAAAACGUGUAACCAUAUGUAUAAGUGAAUACAUUUGUAUUAUAUUCUGUUAUUUUUGUAUCUGACAGUGAUAUUAUUUGAAUUUUGUUUCAUAAAAUCUUUGGUACUAAGUUCACAAGAUUAUUUUUUUUAUAUUAAAAAAAUCAUCUUUUAAUAUUGUAUUUUAUGGUAAAAAAGAGAUGGGCAUUACAUUUCAUUUGUAAAUUUACAGUACAUGAAUUAUAACAUAAGAGAUCACAAUUUAAAGUAAAGAAUCAUUUUACAAGAGUUGACACUUUUUCAAGUUGGAAAAAAUUCUUUUGGUUAUAACGAAAUCGAAGUGAUCUGAAUGACUCAAGGCCUAGGAGAAUAAAAAGUUUCGUUAAUAAUUUUUGUUGACAUCUCGUCUAAUUGUGGUACAAUGUUCAUAAAUGACGAUCUAGAUUUACAUUUGUAAAAUUGUACUCUUAAUAUUAUGCAUUUAAAAAUAACAAGAGGAAGGAUUAUAACAAUAACAAAGAUUUUUUAAGUUGGAAAUGUUGAAUCUGAUAUAGUUAGGUAUAUAUAUAUUCUACCAUUAUGGUAGAAUUAAUUAGCUUUAUUUUUCUAUUAAAACAAAUUAUUAUUUUUUUUUAUUAACAUUUUAAGUAGAUAUUUGUAUUACACAAUUCUUAAAAAAAUCCACUGGUUAGAUGUUUUUAUUUCUUUUGACUAAAAUUUUCAAAGAGGUUACCCGGUAUAUUGGAAGAAAUAGGAUCUGAUUGUUAUUUCUGCCAUGCUGUAUUUAUUGUCCUAUAGUCAUAGCCAUGUGUUUGUUAAAGUUUAAUAGUAUUAAAGUAUGUUUCGUGUU